GGGCGUGACCGUAACUUGCAUAUGGCCGAUUAAUUGGUCUCUCACAUGACUAGCUUUGUUUAAAUCUUGUUAAUUCAUCGCUCCUGAAAGAGAAGACAGAAAGACAGCAGAGGAUUUACAGAAUGGCCACUGGUUAUCGUGAGUUCGAUGACUUUGCUCACUCUACUGUUUCGAGGCCCUCUAAUCCUCAGAUUGCUCGUAACUUACAAGAAGUAGAGGAAAACGUACAACACUUCAAUAACAAUGUUCGUACACUCGAGAAUAAAUCGAAUCUUUUGAAUUCGAGAGACGAUUCACCAAAAUUAAGAGACGAACUUAUUCAGUUAGUAACAGACACUGCUCAGUUAGCUAAGAUUACUAACACCUCUGUCCAGAAAUUAAGACUUCAAAGUAACCAAUUUACACCUACUGAACGGAAUCAAUUUGAAAUGUUAAUGACAACAUUCAGUACAGCUGGAAUAAAGUUUAAAAAUCUCCAGAGGUUAACUCAAAACAUGGAGCGACAGGCACUUAACAGGGCAAGACAGAGGUCGUCCUCAGCAUACAGUGACACUGACAGUGGGUCUGGCUUUGGAGGAGGAUCUGGGGCUAACCCUUUUGGUGAUGAUGAUAAGGAACUACUAGUGGAGAGGGAAGAUCCUGGACUAUCCCCUGAAGCUCAGCUACAGUUACAGCACGACACCUCAGAGGUUGAAGAGAGGGAAAGACACAUGAGACAACUUGAGACUGAGAUACUGGAUAUCAAUGAUAUAUUUCGUGACUUGGGGACGAUGGUCCAUGAUCAAGGGGAGAUAAUUGACAAUAUUGAAGCUAACGUUGAAAUAGCUGGGACUCGUGUUGAGAGCGGUAAUAAGCAGCUGGGGAGAGCAGUGAAGCACAAGAGGUGUAGCAGGAGACUCACAGUAUGUAUUCUCUGUAUAUUACUAGCUGUAGCUAUAGCUAUUGUCAUAACUAUACUGAUACUGGUUGGAGUCCUGAAUGGCUUUAAAAAGUGAAGAGAAGACAUUUUUUUCUUGGUCACCACAACUUUUCUAUUGUCCUUUCUCUCUUCUCUUUAACUUAAAACUUUGCGUGAAUAUUAUUAUUAUUGCAUUCUUCUGCACUGCUUUACCAAGAGAUAAUGUUAUAUUGUUAUUAUUAUUGUUGUUGUUGCUUAUCAGUAUCUUAUAUACAAACAUUGUUGCUUUUUUAAAAUCUUUACUUCAGCUGUAACAAUUAUUAUUAAAAGAUAAUAAAAUUAUUAUUUAAAAAAA